AGCGUGGACCUGCACCGUCCUCGAUACUGUAGAAGUCACUGGGCCAACGACGACCGACUAAUUCCUCAAGAUGCCGCACUCCUUCGGUUACCGGGCGCGUACGCGCGACAUGUUCAAGCGGGGCUUCAAGGAGCAUGGCCCCGUCAAGUUGUCGACCUACCUCAUUACCUACCGGGUAGGUGAUAUCGUCGACAUCAAGGCAAACGCCGCACAGCAAAAGGGCAUGCCCCACAAGUACUACCACGGUCGGACAGGGAUUAUCUACAACGUCACCCCCAGCGCUGUUGGCGUGAUUGUAAACAAGGUCGUCGGCAACCGCUACAUCGAGAAGCGGGUUAACAUCCGUGCAGGAGUUCCUGGACGGGUGAAGCACAACCACGACGCACAUGUUGCUGCACGGGAGAAGGGCGAGCGAGUGAGCUUGAAGCGCAUCCCCGCCCAGCCCCGCACCGCACACACCGUCUCGACCUCUGGCAACGCACCGCAGACGAUGGCCCCUGUUCGUUACGAGACCACUAUCUGAGCCGCUUUACUAUCGUCCCUCGGAGAUACUCACGUCGCGCACGCAUUAUGGGGUUAUGUCUUGCCAUUGUUUUCUGUAUGCAUCUAUGCAAUGAUAAGCGUAACACGAAAACAUUGUAAAAAUACCACGCAGGAUUGCCUAUCUCUCUGACGGGCACCAAGGUGUUCAUGAAGAGUGCUCUUUCUAAGUAAUGUACUUAUUAGCUGCUUCCA